AUGAGCAAACGAAAGGCCUCCACCUUUGAGGAGGACAUGUACAAUUUGCAACCAUACACCAUGAUUCCCUCCACGCCCUCGACGACGUCGUCCCCUCUGUCCUCCACCAGCACGAUCUCAUCCAACAGCGACGCGAACCCUUACGACUUCCUCAGAGUCAAGGCCGUGCCUUAUCUCAACAGCCGGACGCGCAAGAGGUAUCGCGACGGUCGGCCAGACGAGGAGACCAUCCACGAGAACACCCUGAAGAAACUGUACGAGGCCCAACGACUGCAUCUCGACGAGGCGAUGCCCAUGUCGGACGUGAUUCCGUUUGGUGAAGACGGCCUGCCCGUGGACGAAGCCGACGCCGAGAUGACCGACGAGGUCCCUGAGGCGGAGAUACCGCACGCCGCGCAAUCGAACCAGACUACGAUCGACGCCUUUUUCGGUGGUGGGCGAGGAGGCGUUGCACAAUCUCGGGCAAGCACAGUAGAACUGCGGCCGAGCCCUUUCGCCUCGCUUUUGAGCGCUUCCAGCAGACCGCGACAGCAGAUCCAGAGGACCUGCUCUGACUACUGGAACAAUCUGACUCUGCAGUCUGUCAGUGACUCCGCCACUACCGCCCGAUAA